AUGGUUCGGAUACGGCCUGCAUUUACUAUCGCUUACUCGGACGUGUUCGAGAACGGCACCAAGUCUGUACAUCCUGGUGCAGUAUCCCUCACUCUCUGUCUUGUGAAAGCUGGGUGGAUCCAAGGGCCUGGGGCGGCCAAGAAGGGUAUCAUAAACCGUAUUCGGCUGGUCCCCGCGGGCCCUAAUGAGGGUACUUGUGCUAUCUGCGCUAAGGACAUGAGCUAUGAUGGCGAUGAAGAAGGCUUAACGAGGAGGACUCUCCUUUUGUUUCUAAGCGAUCAUGAUGAGGACUAUUCGGCUCCCCCGACCGGCGGGUUUACCACUAGCAAUUUGAUUUUCAGACCAGAGUCCCGUCAACGGACCAUCAGUAUGCGGCUUCGGAGUCGCGGUAUCCGAUGCUUCGAGAGCUCGUCUGUGGUCAUCGCUUCCAUCGAGCGUGUUUGA